CCGGCGGGCGGAGACGGAUCCGGGAUUCGCAGGAGCAGGAAGCGAGCGAGUAGCCCGGGAGUCACCACUGCCCUGUCCGUCCCCGAGUGCUCAGUUUGCGCCGCCGUCCUCCGCCCUCGCGCGCACCGGCCACCCGCACCCGGCCGCGGGGGACCCGGCUCCGCACCUGCCUCCGCGCCCGCCGCUGAGAUAGUGGACAACUUCUUUUGAAAAAAAAAAUGGAGGAUGGAAAGCCCGUUUGGGCACCACACCCUACAGAUGGAUUUCAGAUGGGCAAUAUUGUGGAUAUUGGCCCAGAUAGCUUAACAAUUGAACCCUUAAACCAAAAAGGCAAGACAUUUUUGGCUCUCAUAAACCAAGUGUUCCCUGCAGAAGAAGACAGUAAAAAAGAUGUAGAAGAUAACUGUUCACUCAUGUAUUUAAAUGAAGCCACACUUCUCCAUAAUGUUAAAGUUCGAUACAGUAAAGACAGAAUUUAUACUUAUGUUGCCAAUAUCCUGAUUGCAGUCAACCCUUACUUUGACAUACCUAAAAUCUAUACUUCAGACACAAUAAAGUCCUAUCAAGGAAAAUCUCUUGGGACAAUGCCACCUCAUGUUUUUGCAAUUGCUGAUAAGGCUUUUCGAGAUAUGAAGGUGCUCAAGAUGAGUCAGUCUAUCAUUGUAUCUGGAGAAUCAGGAGCUGGAAAAACAGAAAAUACAAAAUUUGUUCUCAGAUAUCUGACUGAAUCUUAUGGAUCAGGCCAAGAUAUUGAUGACAGAAUUGUUGAAGCUAACCCACUCUUAGAAGCCUUUGGAAAUGCAAAAACUGUUCGUAACAAUAAUAGCAGUCGAUUUGGAAAAUUUGUCGAAAUACAUUUUAAUGAAAAGAGUUCAGUUGUCGGAGGAUUUGUAUCCCAUUAUCUUCUAGAGAAAUCUAGAAUCUGUGUUCAAGGCAAAGAGGAAAGGAAUUAUCACAUAUUUUAUAGAUUGUGUGCUGGUGCUUCUGAAGAUAUUAGGGAAAAACUUCAUUUGAGCUCUCCGGAUAAUUUUCGGUAUUUAAAUCGAGGCUGCACUAGAUAUUUUGCAAACAAAGAAACUGACAAACAGAUUUCACAGAACCGUAAAAGUCCUGAGUAUCUUAAGGCAGGUUCCUUGAAAGAUCCUCUGUUAGAUGACCACGGAGAUUUUAUUAGAAUGUGUACAGCCAUGAAAAAAAUUGGUUUGGGUGAUGAAGAAAAGCUCGAUUUAUUCCGUGUAGUGGCUGGAGUUCUGCACCUUGGAAAUAUUGAUUUUGAGGAAGCUGGCAGCACCUCAGGUGGUUGUAAUCUGAAGAAUAAAUCUUCUCAGUCACUGGAAUAUUGUGCUGAAUUACUGGGUUUGGAUCAAGAUGACCUUCGCGUAAGUUUAACUACAAGAGUCAUGCUCACUACAGCAGGAGGCACUAAGGGAACAGUUAUAAAAGUUCCUUUGAAGGUGGAGCAAGCCAACAAUGCCCGUGAUGCCUUGGCAAAGACUGUCUAUAGCCAUCUUUUUGAUCAUGUCGUCAACAGAGUAAAUCAGUGCUUCCCAUUUGAAGCAUCAUCCUAUUUUAUUGGAGUCCUAGAUAUUGCUGGUUUUGAGUACUUUGAGCAUAACAGUUUUGAACAAUUUUGUAUCAACUAUUGCAACGAAAAGCUUCAACAAUUUUUUAAUGAAAGGAUUCUCAAAGAGGAGCAGGAACUCUAUCAAAAAGAAGGUUUGGGAGUUAAUGAAGUGCACUAUGUGGAUAAUCAGGACUGUAUAGAUUUAAUUGAAGCAAAAUUAGUAGGAGUACUGGAUAUUUUGGAUGAAGAAAAUCGCCUUCCUCAGCCAAGUGACCAGCACUUUACAUCUGUUGUUCAUCAGAAGCACAAAGAUCAUUUCCGACUUACUAUUCCAAGGAAAUCAAAGCUGGCAAUUCAUAGGAACAUCAGAGAUGAUGAAGGUUUUAUUAUCAGGCAUUUUGCAGGAGCUGUAUGCUAUGAAACAACCCAGUUUGUGGAGAAAAAUAAUGAUGCCCUACAUAUGUCUCUUGAAUCCUUGAUAUGUGAAUCCAGGGAUAAGUUUAUUCGAGAACUAUUUGAAUCAUCCACAAAUAACAACAAAGAUACUAAGCAAAAAGCAGGAAAACUUAGCUUCAUUAGUGUGGGAAACAAGUUUAAGACACAAUUAAAUUUACUUCUGGAUAAACUUCGAAGUACUGGAGCCAGCUUUAUUCGCUGCAUCAAGCCUAAUUUAAAGAUGACAAGCCACCACUUUGAAGGUGCUCAGAUUUUGUCUCAACUUCAGUGUUCAGGGAUGGUAUCUGUUUUGGACUUGAUGCAGGGUGGUUUCCCAUCACGAGCUUCCUUUCAUGAACUCUACAAUAUGUAUAAAAAGUAUAUGCCUGAUAAACUUGCAAGACUAGAUCCAAGACUAUUUUGUAAGGCUCUUUUUAAAGCUUUGGGCUUAAAUGAAGUUGACUACAAGUUUGGGUUAACAAAAGUAUUUUUCAGACCUGGCAAGUUUGCUGAAUUUGACCAGAUUAUGAAGUCUGACCCUGACCAUUUGGCAGAGUUGGUUAAAAGAGUCAAUUACUGGCUUGUCUGCAGUCGCUGGAAGAAAGUUCAGUGGUGCUCACUCUCAGUCAUUAAAUUGAAAAACAAAAUAAAAUAUCGAGCUGAAGCCUGCAUUAAAAUGCAGAAAACUGUUAGGAUGUGGCUUUGCAAAAGGAGACACAAACCUCGCAUUGAUGGCCUGGUUAAAGUGGGCACCCUGAAGAAACGGUUGGAUAAGUUUAAUGAAGUAGUAAGUGCAUUGAAAGAUGGAAAACCAGAAGUGAAUAAACAGAUCAGAAACCUUGAAGUUUCUAUUGAUGCUUUAAUGUCCAAAAUUAAGUCCACUAUGAUGACAAGGGAACAAAUACAAAAAGAAUAUGAUGCACUAGUUAAAAGCUCUGAGGAUCUCCUCAGUGCAUUACAGAAAAAGAAACAGCAAGAAGAGGAAGCAGAAAGACUGAGGCGCAUUCAAGAAGAAAUGGAAAAAGAAAGAAAAAGACGAGAGGAAGAUGAGAAACGUAGAAAAAAAGAAGAGGAGGAAAGAAGGAUGAAACUUGAAAUGGAAGCAAAACGGAAACAAGAAGAAGAAGAGAGAAAGAAAAGAGAAGAUGAUGAGAAACGAAUCCAGGCAGAAGUGGAGGCGCAGCUGGCCCGACAGAGGGAGGAGGAGUCCCAGCAGCAAGCGGUUUUGGAGCAGGAGCGGCGGGACCGGGAGCUAGCUCUGCGCAUCGCCCAGAGUGAGGCCGAGCUCAUCAGCGAUGAGGCCCAAACUGACCCAGCCCUUCGAAGAGGUCCUGCUGUUCAGGCUACCAAGGCAGCUGCUGGUUCCAAGAAACAUGAUCUUAGUAAAUGGAAAUAUGCAGAACUACGUGAUACUAUCAAUACUUCUUGUGAUAUUGAGCUUCUGGCAGCUUGCAGAGAAGAAUUUCAUAGAAGACUAAAAGUGUACCAUGCUUGGAAAUCCAAGAAUAAGAAGAGAAAUACUGAAACAGAGCAACGAGCUCCGAAGUCUGUUACUGAUUAUGAUUUUGCACCAUUUUUGAACAAUUCACCUCAGCAGAACUCAACUACUCAGCUUCCUAACAUGCAGCAAGAGAUUGAAAUGAACCGACAACAGCGCUUCUUUCGCAUCCCAUUCAUCCGCCCUGCUGACCAAUACAAAGAUCCUCAGAAUAAGAAAAAAGGCUGGUGGUAUGCCCAUUUUGAUGGACCAUGGAUUGCCAGGCAGAUGGAACUCCAUCCUGACAAGUCACCCAUUCUUCUUGUGGCUGGUAAGGAUGACAUGGAAAUGUGUGAGCUGAAUCUUGAAGAGACUGGUCUGACUAGGAAGCGUGGUGCUGAGAUUUUGCCAAGACAAUUUGAAGAAGUAUGGGAACGCUGUGGUGGCAUCCAGUACCUGCAGAGAGCAAUUGAGAGCAGACAGGCGAGGCCCACCUAUGCCACAGCCAUGCUACAGAAUCUGCUCAAGUAGAUGAUGCAAAAUAGCACCUGGUGGCUCUCUUGCCUUUCAACUAGGCAGGGUUUGAGCUUUAGAAAUGUAACCCGUUUUGAGAUCAUGUUAGAAUUACUUACACAAGUGAACAGGUCUUGAUAAUCAUGGUUUUCCAAAUUUAAAGUAAAUCAAAAGUAGUGAAUUUGGGACCUAAAACCUAUCUUCCUGAUUCCAUUUAAAACUAUGAAGUCAUUCUGUUCUAAUAUUGGUUACACUUGGACAGUUCUGACAAUUCUCAUUCUUUUCCAAUAGCUACCUUAUCAAGCGUAAUUGUUACCUAGGAAAAUUAAUUUUUUAAAAAUUUCAAAAUGCUCACUUUUUAAGGAUGACACAGUACUACAGAACUGGAGUAAUUAAAUCUAAAGUUUCUUAUAAAAUUAAUGUAUUUAAAAUGAGCCAGGCACUGAUCUAAAAUGCAGUGCACUUUAUUUUCUUUUCUUCAAAAAUUUAGGGACAUUACACUAAAGGUGAUUUCUACACUCCCCCCUUUUUUGUAGUGUUUAUUAAGUUUAAGUAAAGCAGUUUGCCUGAAGUUCUAGAAUUUUAGGAAGAGCUCUAAUGUAAUCGAUGUAUUCUGUGAUAAAGUACUUUGGUACUUUGUAAUAUCCUGCACAGAUUUUGUUUUCUAUCAUGUGUGUUGUUCAAGAAAAUUGUUCAUAGAUUCUAGGGACAUAAGAAGUUCAAGAGGAUGAAAGCUUCAAGAUAGUUUUCAUUUACAACAAUAAAUAGAUUUUAUCUGGAAUAGUAGCUUUAACUGGAUUGAACCAAAUAUUCAGUUUCAUCUCAAUUAAGAUUUCCAUAUAAUAAUCUUGUCCAAGUUUUUUCAUAUGAUUUAAUCAAGUGUUCUGCUUUAUGCAACUUUCUUUUAAAAUAUUUUCUAGAGCCGUUUUUGGCUUUUGAGUAAUUGUAGAGUCAUUUUACAAGCUUUGUAAUAAAAAAAAACUCUUGAGUAAUUCCUUAUUUCAUGUAACUGAUAAUUUAAAGGAGAAUUUAAUUGUGUGCUGUUAAUUUUGAACAAAUAUCAGCAGCUUCAAAGCUAAUACUUAAGAGCUACAUUUUGGAGACAAAAGUACAUCAAGGAAUUAAGUCAACAUAAUCCUAAGGAGUCUUGUUUGUAUCUUAGAAUAAAAUCAGAUAAUAAAA